AUGUCUUCCUCCGUUCUUCAGCCGUCUGUCGUCACCGAGGUGCCUGGACCUCAGUCCAAGGCUGCCGUCGAGAAGCUCGACGCCUUCUUUGACUCCCGUGCCGUGUACUUUGUCACUGACUACGACAAGAGCACUGGCAACUACAUUGUCGAUAUCGACGGCAACCGCUUCCUCGACGUGUACUCCCAGAUUGCGUCGAUUCCCGUCGGCUACAACAAUGCCCACCUCAUCGAGGCUGCCAAGUCUCCCGAGAUUAUCCAGGCUCUGGUCAACCGCCCUGCCGUUGGAAACUUCCCAUCAGCCUUCUGGGCUGACACCCUGAAGAACGGUCUCCUCAGCGUCGCUCCCAAGGGUCUCGACAACAUCUUCACUGCUCAGUCCGGCUCCGAGGCCAACGAGCUCGCCUACAAGGCCGCCUUCAUGCUGUACCGUCGUCGGGAGCGUGGUGAGGCCGAGUGGAGCCAGGAGGAGAUUACCUCUUGCCUUGCCAACUCGAAGCCCGGUUCCCCCGACCUAGCCGUCCUCUCCUUUGCCGAUUCCUUCCAUGGUCGGGGCUUCGGCAGCCUGUCGACCACGCGCUCCAAGGCGGUGCACAAGCUGGACAUCCCGUCGUUCGACUGGCCCCAGGCUCCCUUCCCCCGCCUCAAGUACCCCCUCGAGAAGCACGCGGAGGAGAACGAGGCCGAGGAGGCCCGCUGCCUGGCCGAGGUCGAGCGCCUGAUCAAGACGUGGCGCUUCCCCGUCGCCGCGCUCAUCGUCGAGCCCAUCCAGUCCGAGGGCGGUGACAAUCACGCCUCUCCCGCCUUCUUCCAGGGCCUGCGCGACAUCACCAAGAAGAACGGCGUCGUGCUCAUCGCCGACGAGGUCCAGACCGGCUUCGGUGCCACCGGCAAGUUCUGGGGUCACGAGCACUGGAACCUCUCUACGCCCCCUGACAUUGUCACCUUCUCCAAGAAGGCUCAGACUGCCGGCUACUUUUUCGGUGAUCGCAUGCUCGUUCCCGACAAGGCCUACCGCCAGUUCAACACUUGGAUCGGUGACCCUGCUCGUGUCCUCAUGAGCAAGGCCGUCAUCGAGGAGAUCAAGAAGAACAAGCUCGUCGAGCAGUGUGCCCGUGUUGGCAACGCCCUCUACGCCGAGCUCGAGAAGCUGGCCGCCAAGUACCCCGCCCAGGUUCUCAACCUCCGCGGCAAGGGACAGGGUACCUACAUUGCCUUUGACACGACCGACCCCGCCAGUCUCGUCAAGACCAUGAAGAAGCUGGGUGUCAACGUUGGCACGUGCGGUGUCCAGACUGUCCGUCUUCGUCCCAUGCUCAUCUUUGAGGAGGCUCACAGUAUGUUCUCCUCCCCCGCUCCUCGACUUGGUCGACUUGGACUCUUCUUGCCCCCGGUACUGUUUGUACACCUACUGACAGCUGAUCCGAUAGUUCCUUCUCUGAUCGGAGCGUUCGACAAGGCUCUGGGUAGCCUGUAA